AUGUCGUUUGAAGGCAUAAGAAGUCGGAAAAUGUCGGCACCGGUGACUCCUACCGUGGAAGGAUUGGAAUAUGACCUUUCUAUACGACGUCCACAACUGUCACCAUUAUCAACACCAAUCAAUCAAAUCCCCCAGGAUCCACAAAAUGACACUGAACCUUCCCCAGAACCUAAUCCUCCACAACAACUACAGACGGUGGACGAUACACUCACGGAAGCCCAGGAAGCUCUAAUGCUACGUAUGGCCAAUUAUACAUCAAUUACCUUGGAAAAUAAGGGGUCAGUAGCUAGAGAUCACUUGGCCAAUGAGAGGACGUUCCUUGCAUGGGUGCAAACUUCUCUAGCGUUUGCUACUGUGGCCAUUGGUAUAAUGCAAUUUGUACGUGUAGAAGAAAGGGCAGUCACUCUGUUCUAUCUAGGACAAGCCGCACCAAUAACUAAAGAUAGAUUAUAUAACACCAUGCAUUCGUUGGGUGGACCAUUGGGUGUCAUCACAGUACUGUUAUCGAUUAUUAUUCUAUUCUUUGGAGUCGUAAGAUACUUACAAGUCCAAGCUAUGAUGAUGAAGGAUUACUUCCCUGCUACUAGGUUAAUUCUAUUGGUCGUGUUUACGGUCAAUUUGGCCAUUUUAGUACUCAUUUUAGUUUUAGGUGUACAACUAAUAAAGAUAUAG